AUGAAUUUCUUCAAAAUGGAGAGAAAUCAAGAAUAUCAAGAUACUGAGAGAUUUAUGAAAUUUGAUCCUGAGUUCAAGAAAAGUUUAGAAGAAACUACCUCCACCACUAAUAUGGACAACAGUGUGGAACAUGAAAUUUGUAAUAAUUGCAAAAAAGAAAUUCCUCAAACUAACUAUGUUAUGCACACAAUGCACUGUGCUAGAAACAUAACUUUGUGUAAGACCUGUAGAGAGCCAAUUCCAAAAUCUGAGUAUGAAAAGCAUGAAAAUUCAUGCAAGAAACCAACUGUGAAUAAAAAACCUAUUAUCCCUCCCACAACUUUAGAAAAAAGCUCCUACUUCCAAACUCGGAAAGCUGUUGAAGAUAAGAAAGUUGAAGCAAGAAAAGAAAGGUACUUACAGAAGAUGGACAGACUUGUUGACUCUGGUUACAGUUUCAAGGAAAACUCAACAAGAAAAACUGACCAAGAGUUUGCCGGGAAAUCUGCAUACUCAUCAAAUAAUAGCUUUGACUCUAGGAGUGUGCAUCAAAAUGGUCUCUCUAAUACCUCAAUGAAAGAGGUAAAGAUGGAUUCUGCUCUGAAAAAAGAACAAGAACAAGGUGCUGCAGCAGCUGCCUUACCACCAAUGAAGAAACCACAACCGAAACCUACUGGUUUGUUGGCUUGCAGGUACUGUGAACUUGAACUGCCAAAAUUGGAGUUGGAGGACCAUGAAAACUACUGUGGAACAAGGACUGAUAAAUGCCUGGAGUGUGGAGAACUGGUUAUGUACAAGAACAAGCAAGUGCAUUUGGAUUCCAAUCAUGGAUUUGUGAAACUCAAAGAUGAGCCAGGUCCACGGCCAUCUUGGGACUCGUCAACCGAACGUACUGGUUCGACCUCGUCUGAUUACACCAGAAGAAGGCCUCCAAUGCUCCGAUCUUUCACGGACUUCGAUUAUGACCCAAUGCCCUAUCUACCGUCGACUUAUCAACCAUCAGGGGGAGCGAAGAAAAAGGAAGGGGAGAGCUACAAGGAGAUUUCUAGGAGGUUGGACUGUAAAACAGAGUACAUCAGAAAUCUCCUUCAUGAUUCUGCUGGUAUAACUGUGCCAUUAAGACGUAGUGGGACGCUACCCAGAAAUCAUUUCAACCAUACUAAAGGGCCAGCUCCUCAGCCACCGGCGUCCAGAAGACGAAACCCCCCCACGGAAUUGGUGAUACCGUGCGAAUUUUGCGCAGUGCCUGUUCCGCACGACGAGCUUAUCCAGCACGAGACGGGAUGCCGGCCAGACCUGGCGAGGUUCAAUCCGCGCAGAAGGUCGCCCGAACCCGAUGACUAUUUCAUUGCCCCCCAGCCAAGCUCGCCCGAGGUCGAACUGCCCUGCGAAUUCUGCGGCGACAUGAUACCCGCCUCUCAGCUUUUGGGCCACCAAGUCAGGUGUUCUUGA